AGCGAGAGGCGUGGAGAAGGAGAAAAGAAAGGAAAGAAAUCGGAAAGCAGUUCUUUUAUUCGGCCAGUGCAGGCAAUUUUCAAAUGGACCACAAAGGCGAGAGAGAGGGACAGGAAGAAAAAGACCAUCCCGAGCAAAGGGACUGAUAAACGUACCUUGGAAUGCGGCGAUCUGGCGGUGUUGGGACUCAUGUCGUGUUCUAUCACAUCAAAACCAUUCAGAGGAAGAAACAGACAGCCCGGAGUGUGACUGCUGGGGCCCGGCUCUGAAUAGCUCCAUUCACCUCCCCCGAAGGAACCUGAAUGCCUUCAUGGCACGCGGGGGUGAAAGGAAUUUUGUUUAACGAGGCGAAGAGUCGAGCCUUUGAUUUGCUUUGAAAUCUCUCCCCGUCAUCUCCGAGCCCCCCUGACUCUGUCCCCUCGCCCGCCCCCUCCUCCCUCUCGGAGAGAACGUGCGGGAGGAAUUGUGAACCUCUCCCGCGCUCCAGCCCCAGCCGGCAGCACAGCUCCGUGCUCUGUGCCCAGCUUGCCCCAGCAUGAACGGCAAGGCACUGGCUGUCCUGGGCUGCAGCCUCCUCCUCCUUGUCUUGGCUGAGUGUCAGGAGAAGGAAAAGCCCCACAAAGCCACCGAGAAGAAGGCCACGAAAGAACUCAAGGCUAACGAGCUCAAACCUCCCAAAGCAGCAGGUCAGAGGCGCCAACAGGCAGCAGCCAAAGCCCUGAAGGCCAAAGCCCGAGGGAAACCCACGGCCCCUCCCAGCCCGGUGCAGCCGCCGGCUUCCAUCUUGACUCGGGUGGUGGCCAGAGGGCAGUUCCAGAAGGUGCCUGACGCCCUGACGCUGGCGGCGGGCGACACCCUGGAGCUGCGCUGCCGAGGGCGGUCCGUCAGGUGGAGGUUCCCUGCCUACCUGCAGGACGAGGAGGAGGGGCGGCUCAGAAUCAAGCACUUUGACAGGUACAGCCAGCUGCUGGUGGUGAACGCUGCGGCUGCGGACACGGGCGAGUACAGCUGCUGGUCCUUCCAGUGCCGGGACAGCGAGUGCCGGGCCGGAGAGGACAGGAUGGGCAAAGCUUUCAUCUUCUUCACAGACCCCCAGGAGCUGUUUGUGCCGACAGAGGAUUACUACGAAGUGGUCCAGAUGCGCACGAACCACCCCACGCUCCUGCCCUGCCAGGUGACCAGCCCCCUGGCCCAGGUGACGCUGCACCGUGAAUUCCCCCCCGAGGAGGUGGCCGUGGACGGGGUGGACAUCUCGUAUGACGUGAAGAGGGGCUUCGUGAUCCACCGCCCGCGGCCCUCGUACGCAGGGUCGCUCUUCUGCAUGGCCGGCCUGGACGGCGUGCGGCAGAUCUCCACCAAGUACAUGCUCAUCUACAUCAACUACCCUUCCUCUGCUCCCAAGCCCACGGUCAGUGCCUCCGCAGCCACCGUGCGGGUUGGGGAAAACUUCAACGUGACCUGCACGGUUUUUGGGGAGCCAGAAGUCGCAGUCGAUUUCACCUGGGAGUAUCCAGGGCAGCAGAUUGGCCGGCCACCCUACGUCCGCGAACGUGCCGACCUGGCGCGCCGAGGCGGGCAGGUGCAGAAGGAAUCUGAGAGCAUCCUCUACGUGGAUGAAGCACGCACCAUAGACGAGGGGCUGUACACCUGCACUGCCACCAACCUGCAGGGCACCACUGCUGUGUCCACCCGUGUCCGGAUACUCCCAGCCACCCCAGCCCCAAGUGGAGCCCGGUCUGGCUAGCCAGCUUGAGCGACAGACAGGUCAAUGCAUCCCCGGGUGCACUAAGAAAUAAAAGAGCCAGAGAUCUGCUAUUCCCCCUCCUCACCAUCAUGUCAUCCAUGUACUCAUUAAACAG